AUGGUACUUCCGAGACGGCAGAUGACGCCUCACGAGCUAACUUCCCUGUGGGAGAAGGAGUGGGGUGUGAUGCAUGCCACAAGGAUCAAAUUCCGAGCCCCGUCGUCCUCGCCCUCAAAAUGGCUGAGCCACCACGGUGACCACCUGCCACUGGCGCCAGUCGUUGUGGUGCUGGAGACGAAGGGCUUGGGCAGCAUUCUGAACUCCUUGGAGUGCGCUUUUCGCCAGCAGCGGGGCGCCCACGUGGAGACGCUCCGCCAGGGCCAGGAGUUCCAAUGGUCGUCCUGGACUCCACAGCAGGCUCUGGAUGAGAACCACCGGAUGCUGAGUGAGAAAGAGCUGCAGUGGCAUCGCGAGCGCGCUGCUGAAGCAGAUCUCCCGAAGCGACCAGCCUCACCCCAAAACCUGUCGACGCCCUUGAUCGACCCCUACGCCUCACCGGAAGUCUACGCCGCCCCC